GAAUCGAAACUAAGAACGAGUCAACGACGUAGAUUAGAUUGUCAUUUUGUUAUUUUGCAGUUGCAGCAUGAAUGGGGAUGACAGCCCAGUUCUGCUCUAUGCACAUCCUUCAAUGGAAGCAUUAGCAGAAAAUAUUGCCAAUAUAUGUUCUACUCGUCCGAAAGAACAGCAGGAGGAGAAGCAAGUAUUCCGUGGUGUACGUUCUUUCUCAAUUUCGGGAAGUGUCUCUAGACCCCGAGAAGUCCAGUUCAGAAAAACCAUUAAGUGGAAAUCUUUUCCAGAUGGGUUUCCAAAUUUGUUCAUUGAGGAUGUCAAAUACAUGGCAGGAAAGGAUGUCAUCUUCAUUGGGAGUUUCCACUCUCCCGAUAUUGUUUUUGAGCAGCUGUCAGUUCUGUACAUGUUCCCAAGAUAUUUAGCGCGUUCCUUUCACUUCAUAAUGCCUUAUUUUCCAACUGGAACCAUGGAACGUGUUGACACAGAGGGGCAGAUAGCUACAGCAAAAACUAUGGCAACAUUAUUAUCAGGCAUACCACUGACAACGAAAGGGCCAGCUCAGAUUGUCAUAUUUGACAUACAUGCACUUCAAGAAAGAUUUUACUUCUCAGACAAUGUCAUCCCAAGGCUUGAAUCUGCUGUUCCUCUAUUGCUGAGGGAAAUGAAAACCCUGCCUGAUUUUAACAGCAUGAGUGUUGCAUUUCCUGAUGAUGGAGCAUGCAAAAGGUUCCACACUUUUUUUCCUGGUGACGAUCCUAUUACAUGUGUUAAGAUCAGGGAUGGCAAUCGUAGGAUUGUGAAAGUCAAAGACGGAAACCCUGCUGGAAAACAUGUUCUUAUCAUUGACGAUCUGGUUCAAUCUGGAGGAACACUGCGAGAGUGUGCCAAAGCAUUGUACGAGAAAGGAGCAGUAAAAGUCAGUGCCUAUGUCACCCAUGCUGUGUUUCCUAACGAGUCCUGGAGAAAGUUUAUAGAUUCUGAAGUCAAAUUUGAAAAUUUCUGGAUCACAGAUUCACUGCCUCAUGCAAAAAUGAUAUGUGAGCACCCACCCUUCAAGCUUCUUUCUUUGAGUGAGCCAAUAGCUGAAAUGCUUUUGGGGUAUGAUUUAAUGCCAUACUGCUAAGCCGAGUAAGCAAACAUACAGUGCAUUUUUGCUAACUACAGCAUUGUACUUUUAUGAUGACUUCUUAAAUUAAAUUGAUAAUUAGGUAAAAAUUUACAAUGUUUUCACAUAGCAACAUUUAGAAAAAUUCUGCUAUUGACCAAAAAGAGUGGUAAAACAGAUUGUAAUGUGAUAUACAUGCAUAGCUAUGAAAUAGUUCUUUAAAAUGUGAUAAUUAUACUCUUUAAGAAAACCCUUAAACAUGUUAAAGGGUACAUUUUUUAUUUUUUUUUCUAUGUGAACUGCUGACAAGUAACUAUAAUAAUUAUCACUUGGUUGAAGAGAUUAAUCAAAGGUGUUUUUUCCCACCCAAUUAUGGAAUUAUGACAUUUUCAAUUUUUAAUGGGAAAAUGAUUACUCUUGUUGAUAGAGGACUAGCAUUGCAAAUGCAAUACUCAAAUAAUGCCUAUUUUAAACUUUUUAUGAUGUUGGUUAUAUCCCCUCAAAACCUAGGGAGUCAGAGUCCCUGAACUUCAUAAUUUUUGUUCCCCAUUAACUUAUGCACAAGUUGAAAAUGAAAUUGAUUCAAUGGUUCCAAAAAAGGUGCUCAUCCACACAUACAACGGACAAUGCACAACGACACAAGGUCUAAAAGCCACAGCAGUAGAUGACAUGAGCAAAUCAGGGAAUCCACGUAUUACAGCAAUACUUGAUUUUCUUUAUGUACUUCAUUUAAAAAUGAAAAAAAAUUGAAAUAGAUGUAUAUGUAUUGUGUGAAUUUUUAUAUAUUCUAUAAUUAAGAGAAAGAUGAUUAUAACAUAGUCGCCAAGUUUUGUGGUCCAAUAUAUAUGUUUUGAUUGCAUGAUUUGAUACAUGCUGUAUUAUUUUAUAUUGUGUGAAGUGCACAUUGACUGUAGAAGUUUAUUUUAGUGUUGUUAUAUAAUUUCAGUUUUUCUUCAUAAAAAAGACUUGACAAGUAUCAAGGGACCAGUUGCACUAUCAAUCAUAGAUAUAUAAUAGUAUAUAUAGCACCCAGUAUUUUGUAUUCUUUUGUAAAAUAGAAAUGACAAGCAAUAUUCACCUUAAUUACUUGUGUAUACUGUAAAAUGACAAAUUUUUAUGAAGCUAUAUUUCAAAUGAAAAAAAUUGUUCUUAGGGAUUUGAAUUUAUGA